GUGUGUGUGUGUGUGUGUGUGUGUGUGUGUGUGUGUGUGUGUGUGUGAUGAUUGUAAAGUGUGUGUGUGAUGAUGGUAAAGUGUGUGUGUGUCUCUCUAUACAGGCAGCAGAGGGCUUAUAUAGCCACCCAGGGCCCGCUGGCUGAGACUACUGAGGACUACUGGAGAAUGUUGUGGGAACACAACUCUACCAUAGUGGUCAUGUUGACUAAACUGAGGGAGAUGGGACGGGAGAAGUGCCAUCAGUACUGGCCAGCAGAGCGUUCUGCCAGGUACCAGUACUUUGUAGUGGACCCCAUGGCUGAGUACAACAUGCCCCAGUACAUCCUACGGGAGUUCAAGGUCACCGACGCCAGGGACGGCCAGUCUCGGACGGUUCGUCAGUUCCAGUUCACUGAUUGGCCGGAGCAAGGAGUGCCAAAGUCAGGGGAGGGGUUCAUUGAUUUCAUUGGCCAGGUGCACAAAACUAAAGAGCAGUUUGGCCAGGACGGACCAAUCACGGUGCACUGUAGUGCUGGUGUGGGGAGGACAGGGGUCUUCAUCACUCUGAGUAUCGUUCUGGAGAGGAUGAGAUAUGAAGGAGUAGUGGACAUCUUCCAGACUGUCAAGAUGCUGCGAACACAGAGACCUGCCACGGUUCAAACUGAGGACCAGUACCAGUUCUGUUACCGGGCCGGUCUGGAGUAUCUGGGCAGCUUCGACCACUAUGCAACAUAAUCCCUCCCUCUGGCCUGCGUCCCAAACAACACCCUAACUCCCUGUGUCGUGCACUACUUUAGACCACAGUGUAUUCUCACUUCUUUAGACCAGUGUGCACACUCAAAAGUAGUGCACUACUGAUUAGUGCGCUACACAGGGAAUUAGGGGCCAUUUGAGAUUAGGCCUCCACCACCUCCAGAGGGCAGGGCACCCAUGGCGCCACUCCUCCCCCAAAACGAGCACCUAAACUGAGCCAUAUUUGCGUGUCUGACCGGGGGAUACCUCCAGACCCCAACCCAAACCCACUCACUACUCAGUCAGAAGUGCACUACUUUGUGCAUUAUAUAGGGAAUAAGGCACCAUUUUGGACGCGAACUGGCACUACUUAACAAUGGAUUGAGGAUCCAAUGGACAGUAGACAGUUAGGGGGACAAGUCUUUACAUGGUAAAG